UAGGUUAAAUCUGCUAAAGACGACUCUCCCCUUUUUAUGCAUACUGCUUGAAGUGUGUACAAAAGAAACUCCUCAAGACUUCAUCAGUAAAUUCAACAAGUACAACAACGUAUGUCAAGGAAUGGGAUAUAAAACAAUGAAUUGUUCUGAAGGAGAUAAAAACAUCAUUGCUUUUCAUACACGUUUGUCUAAACGACAAGAAAAUCUUGGAAAGAGUGUUGUUGUUGUAUUUGGAAAAAUUAUACUGAACACUGGAAAUGCCUAUGACGGCAUGACUGGUAAAUUCACAGCACCUGAGGAUGGUAUCUACUCAUUCACGUGGACCAUGCUUACAGCACCUGGAAAAUAUUUUAACACAGAAAUUGUCCUCAAUGGUAACAUAAUUGGUUAUAAUUUUGUGGACGGCGCCACAGGCAGUUCUCACCAUUCUUCCGGAUCUUCAUCAGCUAUAAUUAAAAUGAAGAAGAAAGAUGAAGUCUGGAUAAGAACAUAUGGUGACAAUGGAAAGUUUGCUUACGAAAACUGGUCAUCCUUUUCCGGAUUUAAAUUGUAA